AUGAAGUAAACUCUGAGGAAGUAAAUUAAUCGAUACGAAUUAUCUUCGAUAAUCUAGAUUUACUCAAUUUGUAAUUUAUUUGAUGUGAUUGCUGUUUUUUAUAUACUUCUCUGGAAAAAUUAUUUGUAAUGUUUAUAUAGAACCAAAAAAUGCGCAAUCUAUAAAUACCUUCUGCCAAAAAUAAAAUUGCAAUUACCCUCAGAGGCCUCAAAGUAUAGUUCACUCUAAAUAGUAGUUUGCAGAUUUAUAUUCAAGUCAAGUGAGUUUAUCAUUACAAAGCAUGAUGAAUUCUGAAGAUUUCAACCAGAAAUUUCAUUCUCUGGAGGGAAUUACACUGAAAGAAAAGAAGAAAUCCUUACACUUCCUUUUGAAAAGUAUUACUCCUUCAAAUUCCACUGAAAUGGGUGUUAUGAUACAGAGAUUGAAACCUUCAAGUUUCCUUGAAGAAACAUAUAAGAUUGAUCUUCUACUUCACUCCAAAAGGACUACCGAUUUACUUGAGAUACUUAUUAAUGGGGAUGAAAUUGGAGCUUAUAAAAUAGUUCGACAAGAUUGGUUUGUUAGAGAACUUCUGGAUAGGUAUACACCAUCUGAAUUUGUUAAGGAGUUAAUACCAAAAUUCUCAUUUUCUAUUCGUUCGAAAAUUUUCAAAAAAAUUCUCAUAAAUGUAAAAAGUGAAAUUGCUGUGGAGCAAUUUUUUGAAGAGAUACUAGAUUUAUAUGGAAUAUCAUCAGCACUUGUAUUCUUACCAGGAUGCCCAACAGAAAAAAUUGAAAAAAUUUUUGAAAAAUAUUCAAUAAUUCUUACAGCAAAUCAGUUGAAAUUGUUGUUCAAGAAAGAUAUAAAUCUAAUUGUGAAAUAUUUUCAAGUAAUGAAAGAAAAGGGCUUAGAUCUGGACAAAUAUAAGUGGAGGUCCUUCUUCUCAUAUAUGGGAAAACAGAAUCCCUUAUUUUAUUUUGAAAUAUGUGAAGAAUUUGGUAUUGAUAAACUCAAAUUGGGUAGGCAGAGUACAAAAAAAUAUAUUCAUUUAAGAAGAGAGGAAAUUGUGAAUAAACCAGAUGAUCAUUAUAAAUUUUUACGUAAAGAUGUUUUAGUACGAAAAUUAGGUUCAGAUUUUCCAAUAUUUUAUAAAAAUUUAUUUCCUGAUAAUUUGUAUCAGUUUCAAUUUUUUUCUGCAAAAUCACUUCUCAAGUAUUACCCAAAAAAAAAACAAUAUCAAUUAUAUAUCAAUACAUUUGAAGAAGUCUAUAAGAAAAGUCUUUGGGAUAAUACAGAGUGUAUGGAUGAAAAACUCAUUGAACUAAUUCCAGAUAAAGAUGAGAGGGAAAAAUGGGUUUUGAAAUUUGAAAAUAGACACAAUAUAAAAAAAUAUAUGCUGAAAAGGAAAAAAUGUGCAAUGUGGUUUAGAGAAGAUGAAGGCGAUAAUAUAAUUAAAGAAAAGAAGACAAUAUUCAAUACUUUGAUAUCCACCUGUAAAUUAACAAAAGAUUACGAUGCUUUUUUGAAUAUCUUGAAAUCAUUUUGCGAACGUCAUAGAAACAGUGAUGUAACUAUCAUAUAUAAUUUUUUAAGAACUGUUCACAAAGAAUUGGAUUUGGGAAAAUUCAAAGAUGAGCAUUGGAAAUAUAUAUAUUUUAUUUUAUCAAUUCAACUCUUCAAAAAGCAACAAAUUUUUCAUCCUAUAUUUUUAGAGUAUAUUAAAUUUCAAUAUCUCAAUGGAAAACCUAUAGAUGACUAUUUGUUAACUUUAUUGAAUGAAGCACCUUUAAAUAUGUCGAAGUUCAAUUAUAACAACAAAGAUUUCGAAAAACUUUGUCAUUUACUGUUUUUGAAGUUCCUUCCGAAAAUUACUAAUAGAAAAAAAGAAAUUGCUGUUCAAAUUGCAUUGAGUUUAAUGAGAUGGAAUGCUAAAUUUCCUUCAGAAUCUAUAUAUCUUUCAAAUCAGAAGGAUAUAUUGGAAGCAGUUGGUGAAUUCAUUGCAAGUGAAAAAAUUAACAAAAACGCCAUGAAAGUAUUCAGAUAUUUGAUAUGUACACAAAGAGAAAAUGAAAUGAAUUCUGAUUUAGAUGAUAUGUAUUGGUCGAAUUAUGAAAAGUUAAACGAUUCUACUAUAACAAAUUGGUUUCUGAAAUAUAAACCCAUGGUCUUCAAAGAAAAUAUAAAUAAAAUAGGAAUUAUUUUGAAAAAAGAAAAUAUCAAUUUUAUUCAUAAUUUGAAGAAAUAUAGUCAUUUGGGAAUCCCAGAUUCUAUUACUACAUUAUGCUUACAAGAAUUAGAAAUUUCUGAUUCGAGAAUGUGCAGUCAUAUUGUCCGAAUCUUAGUCCUUUUCAUGGAAAAAACAGAUUUAUAUUCAUUUAUGCUCAAGUAUAGUCCAGAGAUUAUUCAAAGAGAAACUGACACAGUAGAUGAAAAUGCAAGAAAGUCUUAUGCAAUUCAAUGUGCUUUAGCCAAAUUCUGUAAGCUGUCUGUUAACAUUAAGUUCUUACUACCAGUUUUACUGAAAUACUGUAAAGGAAAUGUGUUGAGAUCAUCUUUGCCAUCACUUUACAGCAGUUUUCACAGAAUUCAGGAAAACCAAUUGAAUUCAUCUCUCCAAAUACUGAAUAACGGAGCUGUAUCGGUUAGAAAACAUUCAAUUUUUCUCACAAGUUUGAUAUUUCCAAAAAAAAUUGUUUUAACAAAGUACGAUGAAGUUCAAUCAAUUGAAAAAAAUAGAUCCGUAAGACAGCACAUGUUUUCAAGCUGCCUUAAGUAUUUUAUUAAAAAUGAAAUACCAGAAUGUUGGGAAAUUCUGAGAAAUUAUUUAACAGAAUUGAAAAAGGGUCAAAAAGAUUUAAUGGAAAUGAUAACUAAUGUACAUCUCAUAUCUGAAACUUAUCGUACUGACUACACAGAACUGGUAUGGAAUACUUUAGAGAAAUUGAAAACUGAGAAAUCUAACAUUGAUGAUAAUAUGUACAACCUCCUCAACAAUUUGAAAAAAAAUGAUAUAAAACAUUUGAAUAUUGAAUUCUGCUGCAAUAUAAUUGAAAAUAAGCUUUUUAAUAUUGAAGAUUGUUCUAUUGAUGAUAAAGUAUCAGAUUUUUGCCGAAAAUUUAUUUUAUUUGGCAGAAAAAGCGAGAAAAAAGUUGAUACAUUGCUCAAAGUAAUCAAUGAUAUGAAAGAGAAAACUUUCAAUGAUCCGGAUAAAAAAAGAGAAAUGUUGUGUAUGCUCCAUGAAUUUUGUUCUGACCUAUACAGAGAUAUUUUAUCCAUUGAUGCUGAAACUAUUGAUUUUGAGUUUAUAAAAAACUUUCAAGAAACCUUAAUGAAAAUGUUUUCAGUUGAAGAGAUAUUUGAGGAAAUUCUGCUAUUCGAUUUGAUUUUAUUUAAAAUUGGAUCCAUCAAUUUUAAAGAGUCUUUACCAAGUAAAAUGAGCAUCAUGUUCUCAUCUGUACUUGAAAAAUAUGGUAAUUUGAUUUUGAAACGGUACAAAGGCUUCUUGAAAAUGAUUUUAAAUAGCAUAUAUCCAUCUGACAGAGAUGAAUAUGACUUACUUACCUUUUUAAACUCAUUUUUGGAAGAAAAAUGUACAUUAAACCAUUGCACACUUGUAAUAGAACUUAUACCCUAUAUUUCACAAUCAACUGAUACACAAGCUUCCAUUGAUGCUUAUAGAGUAUUACUAAAGAAACUGAACGAACAAGAUCAAAUCAUAAAAAUAUGUUUAUAUGGAAAGUUGAAAAAUAUGUAGGUGUUCAAACUUGAGCUUUUACAUGAAGUUCCUAUGGGAGGUUCCCUGGGUUUUUGGGGCCAUGUUUAUAGCAGAUUUUAGGCUUGAAAUUAAUCAAGGAAUCUUUAAUUUUCAUUUGUACCUCCAAUUUAGGAACACCCUGUACUAAUUUUAAGAGCAGUAUCAUGUGCUCACUCAGAAAUGUUUUUAAUCCAGAAAAUUUAUUUUCUCUUGCUUUUCUUUGAAAUUUUUUUCUAUAAAAUUAAGUAAUUCCAUGUUAUAUCAAAGCUUUCAGAUGUUCAUUAGUCAAAAAUUCAGAAUAAAAUUGGAUUGUUGUUAAUCAAAUGUUUCAUUUCAUAGUCAAUGAACAAAUUAACUUGAUUUUGCUUUAUAGCCUAUCAAAGGAAAGGGAAGCUUUCUGGAAUAUAUAUAUUUUACCAGAUAAAAUCAUUUUAAUUGUCUUUUUAUUCACAGGGUUUUUUAGAAAAUUUAAUUUUGACAAACUUUUAUCAGCUUAAGAUCUCAAAUUUUCACAAAAGUGUUAGUAUUAAUUAAAUUCUCUUUACUAUUAACUUUUG